AUGUCGAAACGAUUGGAGCGCUCGCCGUCGCAUGAAGACGGGCUCAAGCAUCCUUCAACCAAACGAGCCAAGGAGAUUGACGCGCAUCCGCCUUUGGAGGAACUUUUGGGCAAGGUGAAGAAGCAGAAGAGCGAUCAAAAGGCUCAAAAUGUCUUGCAUUGGUUCAGAAGUAAGGACCUCCGGGCAGAAGAUAAUCGGGCGCUGUCCGAGGCGUCCAAGAAAGCGAAGCAAGGUUCUGGAAAUCUCAUCACUUGCUUCUUGUGGUCGCCAAAGGACCUCGAGUGGCACGGCACAAGCCCGGCGAGAACAGACUUCAUGUUGGAGUCGUUGAGGCUACUCCAGGAACAGCUGCACAAUUUGAACAUUCCAUUGGUGGUUCUGGCGGCUGAGAAAAGAGGCGACAAGGGUACGAAGGUAUUGGAGUUUCUCCAGGAGCAUAAUGUCAGUCACGUGUUUGCCAACCUCGAAUAUGAGGUCGAUGAGCUCAGAAGAGACAUCCACCUAGUAGACCAACUGGCCGACAAGAAUUUGGCAGCAUCCUUUCAUCUAGUCCAUGAUCAGACGGUCAUAGAGCCGAAGGCUUUGACAACUGGCUCGGGUGGCCCAAUGAAGGUCUUUACUCCCUACCACAAGGCUUGGUUGGCUGAGGUGUCCGAUGAUCCAAAGCUCCUCGACCUAGUCGACACGCCGGCCGCGAACGAUAAAAAAGCCAAGACAGAUUUGAAAGAAUUGUUUAGCUCUAAAUCCCCUACACUACCAGCGUCAAAACAGUUUGCGUCGACAGAAGACAGGAAUCGUAUCCGAAAGCUCUGGCCGGCGGGUCAUGAGGCCGGUAUCAAGCGCCUGCAAGGCUUCCUGAAGAAGAAGGUGAAAACCUACAAAAAGAACAGAUCUACGCCAGCCACGGACAACUCCAGCCGACUCUCACCUUACUUCGCGUCUGGCGUCAUCUCAGUCCGCGAGGCACUGAAAGCGGCAACAGAGGCUAACGAUGGCGAUGAUUUCGCUUCAGGUGAUAUCGGGAUCUCAAGCUGGGUUCGUGAGAUUGUCUUCCGCGAGUUCUACCGGCAUAUGCUGGCCAUUACGCCUCACGACGCGAUGAACCUUCCCCACAACCUCAAAUUUGACUUCGUGCAAUGGGAGGAUGACGAGGAAGGAUGGAAGAAGUGGUGCGACGGAAUGACUGGCAUGCCUUUCAUCGACGCUGGUAUGAGGCAGCUUAAAGAGGAGGCCUAUAUGCACAAUCGCCUGCGGAUGAACACGAGCAGUUAUCUGCGCACAAACUUGCUCAUCGACUACAGGAAGGGCGAGAGAUUCUUCGCUGAGACAUUGGUAGACUGGGACUUGAGCAACAACACACAGGGCUGGGAGCCCAGCUACACAGUGUUCAACCCUGUAGUGCAGGCAGAGAAGUGUGAUCCUGAUGGAGACUAUAUUAGGAGGUGGGUGUCAGAGCUCAAGGACGUCAAGGGAAAGGCGAUCUUCGACCCUCACAGCCGGCUUAGCAAACAGGAAUUCGAGAAGCUCGGUUAUCCAACGCCACAUGUCGAUUUCAAGGAAAGCAAGGACCGUUGCAUCCAGAGGUAUAAGCAGGAUAUGGCAGAUGCUGACCCGUAG